CACACUCACUUCGUAAUCACCUUGACGAUGGCCAGCGAGGGGGGAGGAGGACCCUGAGGGAGGUGCGCAGGCGCGGUUCCGCCCCCACCGGCAGCGCAGAUUUGAAUGACCAUUUUGGCCAAAGGCAGGGUGCGGGUUUGGUGGCUAAGAGCGGAGGCGGAGGGAGAAGAGCCAUGCCCUCCUCAGCCGGGCCGCGUCUUCUUCUUCUAACUCCUCCUGGCCGAGGAACCUGAGGGGAGCCGCCUGCCUGCCUGCUUGCCUGCUUCUUUCCACGAAGCGCCUCAGUGCAAUUUUCACACCUUUUAAAAAUAGCCAGGAGCCAAAUAGUUGCGCACCGAUCUGUGGAGCUCUUGUAGAGGAGAAUGCUUUUCCUUUGCCUCCCUUCGCCAGUCCCAGGUGCCUCGAGGGUGCGCAGUACAAAAGUGAACAGCAAAGGGAUCCAUGGGAAUGUCAGAGGUGCAGAAGUGGCACAGGCACUCAGUUCUUCUGCAGCCUUUGAGAUGCAGCCCAGGGCAAGAAAUUUCUCAGUCUACAUCUUGUUUGCCUCAUUGCUGGCAUGUCUGGUAUACUUCAGGAAGGACCCCAAGUUGCCUUCAGCAAGUAGGAAACCGCCUCGGCCAAGUCUGAAGCGGACAUUCAGAGUCCUUGAACUGGCGGAGUCUCCAAAUUGCUUACCAGACCCUACGGUUGCAAAUGCCUCAGCUUCCCUCCCAGAAGUUCACCGUGUUUUUUUAACCUCCAAACAUUGCCGGAACUUUUCGACUCUGCUGAAGCCCUCCGAAUGCAAGGCGGAGACCUUCCUGGUCCUAGCAAUCAAGUCCGCCCCAGUGAAUGUAGACCGCCGAGUGACCAUCAGGAACACGUGGGGGAAAGAGAGGGUCAUUGGCAGCAAGCUGGUACGGCUGGUGUUUUUACUUGGCCGCUCUCAGGUCAAGGUUCAGGCUCACUCCCUCCAGCAACUCCUGCUCUACGAAAGCCUGGAGUUUGACGACAUUCUGCAGUGGGAUUUUGUCGAUAACUUCUUUAACCUGACGCUAAAGGAGCUGCACUUUCUUCGGUGGCUGGUGGAGGACUGCCCUCAAACUCACUUCGUGCUCAAGGGGGACGAUGAUGUCUUUGUGAACACGUACAACAUCAUUGAAUUCCUGAAAGAUUUGGACUCAGAAAAGGACCUCUUUGCUGGAGACGUCAUCAGCAAAGCCCGGCCCAUCAGGAACACCAAGGCUAAGUAUUUCAUCCCGGAGACAAUGUACCCAGCGCCCUUCUAUCCCCUCUAUGCUGGCGGUGGUGGCUACGUCAUGUCGCAGCGGACAGCCCAACGGCUGCAGGCCACGGGCGAGGACACCGAGCUCUUCCCCAUUGAUGAUGUCUUUGUUGGGAUGUGCUUGGCCAAAAUGGGCCUGACCCCCACGCACCACCCUGGCUUUAAGACCUUUGGAAUCCAGAGGCCCUUUAAUCCAUUUGAUCCCUGCCUCUACAAAGAACUGAUGAUCGUACACAAACUGAACCCGACGGAGCUUUGGGUCAUGUGGACGCUGCUGAAAGACGAUGGCCUCAGAUGUGCCACGUCAGGGACCUCGAAACUAUAGGGCAGAUUUGGGUGCGUCUGGUGCAGUGUGUCAUGGACUUUGAUGGGCACUGGCUUAAAUGGAUAUGAACAUUUCCUUUUGAUUUCAACAUGAGGGUGUUUACAGUAGGAUAACUUUGCUUGCACUGAUGCUUCUCCCUUUGUGUAUAAUUGUUUACAGAAGUUUUCAAUGGGUUGGGGGCCCACAUGACUUUCCAAAAGUCAAUUCUUUUGGACUAUUGCAGUGGUUCUCAACCUGGGGUCCCCAGAUGUUUUUGGCCUUCAACUCCCAGAAAUCCUAACAGUUGGUAAACUGGCUGGGAUUUCUGGGAGUUGUAGGCCAAAAACAUCUGGGGACCCCAGGUUGAGAAUCACUGAACUAUUGCUUCCAGAAAAGUUCCAGCCAGUAAGGCCGAAAAGGAACUUUCCUUGUCACUGUGUGAUGAUGACGACACAGAGCUUCCAGGUUUACUAAUAGUAUAGUUCACAAAGAUGUAGCAGAAGGGCUUCACCUUUAUGCCCUGCUAGUGGAUUGUUCUAUAGGACCAUAAUUCACUAGUGGAAGAAAACGGGUUGGCCCUUCUGAUGUAAUCUAUCAGAGCACUCAUCUACUUACAAUUGUUGUCUCACUUCCAGUUGUUUUGCUUACCAGUUGCAUUCCUUGACUGGAUAGUUUUGAGACCAGGUUUUAAAAAAUAAAUUGGUGUUUACCUGGUUGCAGAGAGGGCAGAACCCCUUCCAAGUGAAACCCCUUUAAUGCCACUGAAUUGCGUUAAGUUUGUGGUUAACCUGCCCUGGAAUGGGAGGAACUUGACAGUGCUUUGUUUGGAUUUGAUUCACUUUGGUCAGGAGGAGACAGGAGCAACUUGGACAACAAAUAUGCAAUGCUCCCUACUUAUCCAAAACCAGCAGGAGAGUUUCUGUAGUCAUCCUAAACAUGAUCAUACUGAUAGUGUAGUUUCACCUCUCUGGAGGAAGGAUAGCUUCAGGGUAUGGUCUGAAGUCUGUCUUGAGAAAGUCACUUCGGGAUUUUGGGAUUUGUAGCCCCAAAGAAUUAACUUUUGCAAGCUCAGAUAUGAAGGUAUAUGACGGUAUCAGGGAUUCCGCCUCCCGGUCUGCCUCCUUGAGUUCUUUGAUGAACAUCAAGCUGGGACGUUGAUUUUACCUCUUCUAAUCUGCCACUGAGGCAUGGCUCCAUUCUUGUUUCAAAUCACUAUUGAUUUUUUUUCAGUAGCUGUCAGGGCUUCUGCAAUGUCUGUGAAAGAUUUCCAAAGUUUGCUAGUUAACUACUAUUUCUGGAAUUCCCAGGGGAUGGAAACAGAAAAGAAUAAAUGGUAGUUAAGAUAGUGAAAAAUGUGGCACAAGAGAGCCUUGGAGAUUUCUGUCUGCAGCAAGAAGCUGCUCUGCCCUUUUCUUGCAAACUUGAAGUGCUCUGCUGUUGACCCAAGUAUAGGCAGAUUCACUAGGCUUAAACAGCUGGUCUUUUCAGAUAAGCAUGUACGGGUCAUUUGUGUCUGGUAACUUGCAUACUCGCCUCUCUAUGGACUGUUAUACUGUUUCCGUGUUGUAAUGUUUCAUGUGGUAACUUAACGAGAAAUAGCACACCAACCAUUGUGUAAUACCUGUAAUAAAUCAUGUGCAAGCCUGUG